AUGAAAAAUACAACUGAAAUUAUAUAUGAAAGAAUAAAUUUUAAAAUCCAUAAGAUUGGACAGAACGAAUCCAAAGUUCUAGUAAACUAUAAAAAGUGCUCAAAUCGAGACAUAAUUCAUAUUCGACAUACACACAAGCCCACAAACACAAUGCGGAUGAGCGUGUCUCGAAGAACAUAUUCAAAUAGAACAAUUUUCAACACCUUCAGAAGGAAUCUCAGUAAUGCAAAGGGGUACAUAACAAAUGUGGAAGGUAAGAAGAUUGAAAAGACGAUCCAUUACAUUGAACAGUGCAUAUCGGAAGAAAGUAUUAAAAACCCAAAUUUACUUUUCUUUAAAACACUACAUAAUCAAGAGGAUAAAUUAAAAUAUAUUCACAUGAAUUUAAUAAAAAUGUCGUAUUUAUUAAAAAAUAUGCAAGUUAGUGAGCAAAAAUGGCUAACCAUUUAUGAAAAAAUUAGUAACCUAUGCCCAUUGGAUGAAAAACAGUUGACAAAUAAAUUGAAAACGCUUACAGGUAAAUAUGAUACCACAUCGACUAAAAAUAUCUCAUAUAAUUGUGCAUUACAAAAUAGAAUUUGCAAAGAAUACAAUUUGUUAAACUUAAACGCUUGCUAUGUAUUUGUCCUUAAAAUUGUCAUAGAUCGUCUGAUAAACUACUUACCACUGUACACAAUAAGUAAUUAUUUAUUAAUAUUAAAUUUUUGUGAAAAAUUUUUUAGUUUUUUUUUCAAUUUACACAAUAGAAAAGGUCUUAAAAAAUUGAAUUUCAUUUAUAUCCAUUCGGCGAGCAAUAAUUAUGCCGACAAUGUGAAGGUUUUAAAAAAUAGUAACAAACUGAACAGGAGUGGCGAAAAAUCAAAUAUCGCUUACCAAUACAAAGAAUUGUACAAUUUGAAAUAUCAUCAAAUAGUUACUCAUAAAAUAAAUUUAAUGCUCCAAAUAUUGGAGAACAUAAAUUACGACCAAAUAGAAGCUUCACAGUUUUCCCAGUUAGCUAAUUUUUUUUAUGCCACAACGAAAGGUGGAAUAAUAUGUGAAAAGAACGUUCAGAAUUUUCUUAGCCAUUAUUUCAAAGUAGCAAAAAAAAAAAAAUUAAAGAAUGAGAUUCUGCUAUCAAGAAUAGCAUCACCACAUGACGUGUUGAUAUUAUCUCAAAUUAUUAAUAUAAUGUAUUAUUCCAAAAUUAUUCAUUCUGAGGUAGUAUUACAUUUAGUUAAUUUUUACAAAAAUAUCAACCCUUUUUCUAGUAUUAUUUGUAAAAGAAAUAUGUUUGAUAACUACUUAAAAUUAUUAACAUUAGUAGAACUAACUAGCCAAAAUUUAUACCUAUAUAAUUAUUGCAAAUAUUACGUUUUGAAUGGAAACAUGCAAGAAUCCACACAUAUGUCGCAGCUUUGUAACUUCUUUUUCGUGUCAUCCAUUGUAGGUAUAUUUAACAUAUCUCUGUUUAAAUUUUAUAUAAAUUUUUUAAAAAAAAAUAAUAAAACAAAAUUUAAAGCAUCCUUAACGCAUAAGAUCUACUACACACUAUUAGGAUGGGACAUAAUGAUAAACAGGUUUAUCAAAAAUUUAAGUAAAGAAAGAAGAGAAACUCUUGAACUUGUUAUUUUAAAGUACGAUACUAAAAAUGUACAUUACACAUAUUCAGAUAUGGUAUCUAACGAGUUUACUUAUUUAUCACACCAAAUAAAUUAUCUAACCCAUUGUUAUAAAAAUAAAAUUGUUCUCGAAAAGGAAAGAAAAAAUUACAACUUUAAUCAAUGUGCUAUACUCCAUAUUUUGAAAAAACAUUACAAGAAUGUAAUUUACGAACACAUAACAAGUCAAAAAAUUUUGGUAGAUGUGUUCAUUGAGCUCUAUAAAAAUAAUCAGUGCAAACAUGUCGCUAUUGAAUUUAAUGGAAGAACGCAUUACAACUUAGUAAUUAAAGAACAAGAACGUGCUCCUAAUGUAAUGCAUUACACCAUGAAAGAAAGCAAUAAUACCAAGUAUAAGAAAUGGAUCCUUACAAAUCUGAACUUUUAUACCAUUUCUAUACCUUAUUAUCAAUGGAAUGGAUUAUAUGAAUCCCAGAAAGAAGAACAUUUACUUCAUGCGCUAUGUCUUCUUUGA